AUGGUCAAUUUAACUCAUGAAAACAAAGAAGAAACAACAACACCUACAGAAAUGCUCCCGGCACGUUUGGAGAAAAAUGAGUGUGUCCAAAACUCUAAAGAUGAUGCAGAUAAAGACCUCGCUGUUCCAGUCCAGCUGAAAAUUAAGUUCCUCAGUGCUUUGAGGGCAAAAGACCUCCAGCAGGCCAAAAGACUGUGCCGGAUGAUUCUCGUCUUUGAUCCACAUCAUCCAGAAGCUUCUGAGUUCCUCCCUCUGAUCCAGAGGAAGCUGCUUGAGGAGAAACGCGCAAACCAGGAUAGUGACGACAACGAAUGCGAUGACGACAAUGACUCAAGUGAUGAAGAAUCAUCUCAGAAUUCCGAAUGCUUAUCCUCACCAUCAGAUGAGGAUGCUGAAAGUGGGCAAGAAAGUUAG